AUGGCUCAGAAACGUACCAAAAAUCAACUCCGACGUGAGAAGAAUAAGAAAAAGAAACUAGAAGAUAACGAAAAGACUGAUGAGCAGGUAGAAACAAAUCAAAAUGGAGUUCAAGAGCAAUUACAAGAAACAACUGAAUCAACCACCAAUAUACUAAAUAUAGAUGAAAAUAAAGAUCUACUACGAGAGUUUGAGUCAGUAUUUAAUAAAUUUAACAAACCAUCACCACCACCAGAGGAACAAUCAUUAGUACCAUCAAAUGAGAGGGACGAGGAUUUUAUUUCAGGCUCACCAACAGAUUCAUUAGAGGUAAUAAUACAACCAGAAUCAGAUCAAGAACUGGCAUCAGAAUCAUCAGAAGAGCAAAAUCAAGAAUCAAAUAAGCUUUCCAAAAGACAAUUACGCCUACGAAAUAAAGUUCCAUUAUCAUCAUUGAAACUAUCAACUCAUAAACCAGAAUUAGUAGAACCUUAUGAUGUUGAUGCACAAGAUCCAUUUUUAUUGGUUUAUUUAAAAUCUCAACCAAAUACAAUCCCAGUUCCAGCUCAUUGGUCCUCAAAAAGAGAUUACUUAUCAUCAAAAAGGGGAAUUGAAAGACCACCUUUCAAAUUACCUAAAUUUAUCAGAGAUACAGGUAUUGAAGAAAUGAGACAAGUUAUUAACCCGGAUGAUAAAACAAUGAAACAACAACAAAGAGAAAAAUUUCAAGUUAAAUUAGGUAAAUUAGAUAUCGAUUAUAAUAAACUAUAUAGAGCAUUUUUCCAAAAUCAAACAAAACCUCGAGUUUCAAAAUUUGGUGAAUUAUAUGAGGAAGGUAAAGAAUUGAUUGAUGAAAUGACGCUAGAGAUCAAAAAUUUCAAACCUGGAGUAAUUUCAUCGGAAUUAAGACAUGCUUUGGGGAUGUCAGACGAUGUAAAUGUAAAACCUGCUUGGAUUACUAUUAUGGAAGAUAUUGGUAAACCUCCUUCGUAUAAGGAAUUAAUAAUACCUGGAUUAGAUGAGGUUUAUAAUAACAAUGGAUAUAAAGAUAAAUAUGCUGAACAAGAUGUUAAUUAUGAACAUUUUGGAAGAAUACGAACAUUUGUUGAGUCUGAAAGUGAAGAAGAUGAAGAUAGCGAAGAUGAAGAAGAUGAAGAAGAAGAACAACUGGAAGAACAACUGGAAGAGGAACAACAACAAGAAGAAUUACCAAAACAAAUUUCAACUUUGGAAUUAUUGUCAGGAUUGAAUUAA